AGCUUCUUCCACUUCUAGCUGUUAAGUCGUCAUUUAAUUGGCACCGGUCGCGAAAAUGAAGUUUCUUUAUGUAAUUUAUUAUGUAUUUUGUAGUAGUCUUUUGAGUUUGUCUAACUUUGUAAUGUGUGAUAUUAAUACGAGUGAAAAUGGGACAAACAGUGACAAUAAAUCGGAAAUUUACCUCGAUUCUCUUGGGCUUAUAAGAAAGUAUAAUUAUCCGGCGGAAGUUCAUCCUGUGAUAACAGACGAUGGGUAUUUACUGAACUUAUUUCGAAUACCGGGGCAGGGGCCGCCGAUUUUAUUAGUGCACGGUGUUGGGGACAGUUCAGAUUCGUGGCUUGUUCUUGGACCAGAAAGCUCUUUGGCUUUUCUAUUAGCAAAUGCGGGGUUUGAUGUGUGGUUGUUUAACGCAAGAGGAAACAGAUAUAGUAAGACUAAUAUGAAUAUGGUAUCGAAUAAACGGUUUUGGAACUUCAGUUUCGAAGAGAUGGGUACUCAUGAUCUACCAGCAACAAUUGAUUACAUUUUGAACAAAACGUUUCGGCCCAAACUUACAUAUAUUGGAUAUUCACAAGGUACGACAACAUUUUUCAUUAUGUGCAGCUCGAAACCUGAAUAUAACGAGAAAAUAAAUCAUGCCGUGUUAUUGGCUCCAGUUACUUGGUUAACGCACACAAAGUAUCCCUUAAUGAAAUUCUGGGCUCAAAUUGUUAAUAAACUGAUGAACUUUUCUGAAAGUGCAAAGGUUUACGAAGUGUUUUCUUUUAAUAAAAAAAUAAGGGACUAUCACGCUUCAGUGUGCAAUAUAAAAUCUGUGUACAAUUUUCUGUGUUAUGCCGAGUACUAUUCAGGCUUUGGUUUAAAAAAUUUAAUCGAUUUAAUACCUGAGAGACUACCUGUUAUAACAAGUCACAUACCGGCGGGAGUAUCGGUGAAAACAUUUUUUCAUUUCAUUCAAAUUUACGCCAGCAAAAGAUUUCAAAGAUACGACUAUGGGUUCGAGAGAAAUAAAGAAAUGUAUUCAUCCGUCAAACCACCGGAAUAUAAUGUUUCUAUGAUUUCCGUACCAAUUACGUUAUUUGUGAGUGAAGUGGAUUGGUUCGGUGAUACAGAAGACGUGAAUAUAUUAAAAAGUAAAUUAAACAGUAUUGAACAAGUUGUGGCUAUAGGUAAAAGCAUCGAAUUUAGUCACCUUGAAUUUGUUUACGGUGCUCGUGUAAAUAACUAUAUUAAUGAACCAGUAAUAAAUAUUUUAAAAGCUAUGUUUAUACGGUAAUACUGCGUUGUAUACAAAAUCUAGCACGACAAAGUGUGAUCGAUAGGUGUAAAUUUGAGGUCAAAGUUAAUUCCGGUCUCCGGAUUUGUCAAACGAAGGUUGUAAAUAUAUAACCGAGGAUAUUUUUGCUUCCGAUUAGGAUGAAUUUAUUUAAAACAUUUUAGUGGGAGAAACGAAGCACCUAGAUAAGCUAGGAUCUGUCCAAAAAUAGUAAUGAACUGGAAAUUUUUCUAUCUGUGAUAAUUAUGUAGUAUAAUUUAUAUUGUGUAGAAUAAGUAAUA